ACCCAAAUAUCUCUCUCUCUCUAUCUCUCUCUCUCUCUCUCCAGACAAACGAAAGAAAGCAAUCCCAAAUUCCUCUCUCUCUCUCUCUCUCUCUCUCUCUCUCUCUCUCUCAUCAUACCCUGUAAUGGGUUCUGGGUUUUCUUUCCACAGCAAGACAAACCCCCCGUCGCCGGAGCUCAGUCUCGGAGACCUGCCGGAGGGUUGCCUGGCCUCUGUUCUGGUCUACUUGGAUCCGCCCGAGAUUUCUAGGCUUUCGGUUCUGAACCGGGCUUUUCGCGGCGCUUCUUCGGCAGAUUUUGUGUGGGAAUCUAAGUUGCCUCCCAAUUACGACUCCGUUAUUCGUCGAGUCUUCGAUGAUUUUCUUCCAUCGGAUUUGUGUAAGAAAGAGUUGUACACGAGGCUUUGUCGCCAGAAUUCCUUCGAUGGUGGCACAAAGAAAGCGUGGCUGGAUAAGAGUACAGGAGGAGUUUGUUUAUCGAUUUCUUCGAGAGGGUUGGCGAUAACAGGAAUAGAUGACCGGAGAUACUGGAAUCAUAUACCGAUCGAGGAAUCUAGAUUCGGUACGGUUGCGUAUCUCCAGCAAAUCUGGUGGUUUGAAGUAGAUGGAGAGGUGGAGUUCCCAUUCCCGCCCGGGACCUACAGCCUAUUCUUCAGGCUGCAUUUGGGCCGGGCCUCCAGGAGGUUUGGUCGCCGGGUCUGUAACUCCGAGCACGUCCAUGGUUGGGACAUAAAGCCGGUUCGAUUCCAGUUGUCAACGUCGGACGGUCAGGAAGCCAUUUCUCAGUGCUUGCUGGAGGAAUCCGGAAAAUGGUUACACUGUCAUGUGGGCGAUUUUGUUGUCGAGAAAUUUGGCAUACCGACAACAAUCAAGUUUUCGAUGACACAGAUCGAUUGCACACACACCAAAGGUGGUCUGUGUUUGGACUCUGUAGUGAUAUACCCAAGUGAGUUUAGAGAAAGGUUAAAGCUUUUUUGAAUCUCUUAACCUUUAGGGAUAGAGGGAUAGUUCUAUCAGAUGUAGAGAUGUAGGACCUUUUUUGAAUUUGUAAUUUGUAAACAAUAGACUUUGUUGGUUUGAGAGAUGGAAUCAUUGGUAUCCAUGGUUGGAAAAAUGUGUAGAUGUAGUCUUGUCUGAUAGUGUGUAUAAACGUUGGUGAUUCCCGGCUUUACCUUUCUUGAGGACUAUCUUUGUGGAACUUUUGACUUAAGUUGCUACUGUCAACAACUUUCUUC